CAAGUGCCGAAGAGAUUGAUUCAGUGUAGAAAUCGAUAAAAAAUGAGCGAAAAGCGUCUUUUAAAGAUUUUGACUUGGCCGUUAUUGGGCUUGUUGCUAAGCGUUGAUUUUGCUUUUGGAAAGCCAGUGGUUAAAUUGCCAGAUCCUGAGGAAGCGGCCGGAAUGUUUCAAGGUGAUAUGAUGCUGUCGCCAGAGCAAGAACGAAUGCUAGAAAGUGGUAUACAAAGCAGAAACGGGUUGAUUGAUGAGACUAAACGUUGGCCUAAUGGUGUGGUGUACUACAAAGUAGUGGGGGAUUUCGAUGUGAAACAUCGCGAAGCCAUUUUGGACGCCAUUGAAGCUUUGGAAAAACACACCUGCCUAAAAUUUCGCGUGGCCAAUGAAACUUCGAAACGCUACGUUGCCAUUUACUCCGAAACAGGCGGUUGUUACACAGCCGUCGGUUAUCAAGCGAAAGUACAGACGAUGAAUUUGGAAAACUACCCUAUCGGCGAGGGCUGCUUUCGGCCGGGGACUAUACUGCAUGAGUUCAUGCAUGCGCUUGGGUUUUACCAUCAACAAAGCGACAGCGAUCGCGAUAGUUACAUAACGGUACACUACGAGAAUAUUGUGCCUGGGAAAGAAUUUAACUUUGAAAAGUAUAAGGGAACGGUUGUGACCGAUUUCGAUAUGGGUUACGAUUAUGACAGCUGUCUGCAUUACCGACCGGGUGCUUUUUCGGUGAAUGGUCAAGACACAAUCGUACCACUAGAUCCGACAGCGCGGAUUGGACAACGUGAAUAUCUGAGUGAAAAGGACAAAGCUAAGAUCAAUAUUAUGUACAAGUGCCCCAUAUUGAUAUGAUAUUGUGGCUAAAUUUGGUGCAGAGUCAUUUAAGAGCCGGAUGCUUCCCAUUUUCAAAUUAUGCUAC